UUCCUGCUGCUGUCAGACCGGGGAGACACGUGACUCUCAGUGAUCAGCUGACCCGGACACUGUCACGUGAGUGCAGAGAAUCCAGGAAGAGAUCAGUGGUCGGUGAUGUAGAAUCCUCCCCGGUGCUGAGGAGCGGACACCACCAUGGAGGAGAGGAGGAGGGGGAGAGCCGGCUGCUGCUGGGGGAUCAUUGUCCUGACACUGCUCGGAACUGUGUACUGUGCUCACUAUAAAGAGGUCUCUCCGUUGAUUACAAUGGAACAAUUACUCUGGGUGAGCGGUCGGGUGAUUGGCGAGGUGGAUACCUACCGCAUUCCGCUCAUCACUUACACCCCACGGGGACAUCUCCUGGCCUUCUCUGAGGCUCGCAAACAUUCCGCCUCUGAUCUCGGGGCAAAAUUCAUAGCCACUCGCAGGUCACAGGAUGGGGGUUACACCUGGGGACCCACAGCGUUCAUUAUAGAUGAUGGAUCUGCUGCAGACGGGCUGAACUUGGGUGCUGUUGUUGUGGAUGAUGAGACCAAAAAUAUCUUCCUGGUGUACACGCUGUGUGCCCAUUACCUGCAGUGUGGAGUCUCCAGCGUCAUGGUCACCAACAGCUCUGAUGAUGGUAUCACCUGGAGUACACCGAGAAACCUCUCCCAUGAGGUCGGCACCGCAAUGUUCUCCCCUGGGCCAGGCUAUGGGAUACAGAAAAAGUAUGAGCCAAAGAAAGGCCGCCUGAUCGUGUGCGGUCACGGGACCCUGGAUGAGGAUGGAGUGUUCUGUCUACUAAGCGAUGAUCAUGGGAAAACCUGGAGGAAAGGUGGAAAUUUAGAGGGUCUGCCAUUUAAGAAGCAAAAAAGAAUGGGUGACUUCAGUCCUGAUGAAUGCCAGCCCUACGAGCUUCCAGAUGGCUCAGUGGUAAUAAAUACCCGGAACCAGUACUUCUAUCACUGUCACUGCCGGAUCAUAGUGUACUCCACCGAUGGCUGCGAUUCUCUACCGCUGGAAAAUGUCCGCUUCGACGAAGGUUUGCCAGAUCCAGCUGUGGCUGCUGGAGCUUUGUAUAAAGGUGGAGUGACCUACUUUGUGAACCCAGCACACCAGACUCAACGUCUAAACCUCACCCUACGUUGGAGCUUUAAUUCUGGGGACUCGUGGGAACAGAAGUCCUUCCAGAUUUGGCCGGGACCAAGUGGCUAUUCCACUCUCACCACCCUCUCCCAUAGCAUUGAAGACAAUGAGAACCUCUUUAUUGUGUAUGAGAAAGGAAGACAACAAAUUACAGAAUCCAUCUCUUUUGUUAAAGUUAAUCUCUACGGCAGUCCCUGAUUGGCUGCAUCACUACUGGAUCAAUACAAGUGUACAAAAUUCAAGGAUUGAUUUAUUUGGUGCCAAAAAUCAAACUCUUGAAUCUGGAAAUAAAACCCUGUUCUGCUUU